GACAUGGGUGACUUAACGCUAUCUGGUCCCUGUUGUCGGUAAACUGGAUGAGUGUUUUGCUGUGCGCCAUUGCCAAUCUCGGCUACGUGGAGUGAACCAAGGCCAUCUCCAGCCACUGAGAUCAGUAAUUAAGAUCAGUAAUGAAUAAGUCGUUUAUUCUGAAGGAUUUCUUCAUUAUGCAUUCAUUGGAUUUAUUUUUUAUUACGGAAACAUGGAUUAAUCUGGGUGAGUCCAUUGCCUUUUCGGAACUGUUACCUCCCGAGUGUACUUUUAUAAACACACCGCGUACGACUGGACGUGGAGGAGGAAUUGCCACAAUAUUAAAGAGUUAGUGUCUGAUGCUAUUUUCGGAUCAUUGUCCUUUCAUGUUUGAUUUUGUUUUUAACGAUUUAGCAAAACCACCUGCUCCUGUGCUUCAUGGCCGCACUUUUAAGCCUGACACCUCCUCAUGUUUUUCUUCCUUUUUUGCUGCUCAUGUGCAAGCAAAUUGUAGUUCCGCUGCCUAUGAUACAGAGCAAUUAACAAAUGUUUUCUGUCAACUUGUUCUGAGUUCCUGGACACUGUAGCUCCAAUAAGAGCAAUUAGCCCUAGACCAAAGCCUGAGCCAUGGCACUGUGGAGCCAAGCAUGCAGCCAGGCGAGAGUGUAGAAGGGCAGAGCGUCGGUGGAAAAAGGAUGGGCUGCAGGUGUUCUUUCAGAUUUUACAGGACAGCUGGAGAAACUAUCAAAAAAUUGUUAAAGUUAAACAAACACAUUAUUUUACAGAAAUAGUUUCUCAAAGUGUCAAAAAUUCACGUGUUCUUUUUAAAACUAUUGGUUCUGUGUUGAACCUUCCACAAUCCACUUCUAUUGAAUUUUCACCUGGUAUUUGUGAAAUAUUUUUGGCCAUUUUUAACAGUAAAGUUUAGAAUAUCAGAGACAAUAUAUUGCCCCUUUCUUUAAACUUUUCCUUAAACAUGCAAUGUUCAGCUAUUUUUUGUCAGUUUCAGCCCCUUUUUUAUUGCUAUCUCUUACAAAUAUUAUCAAUCAGAUUAAACCCUCCACAUCCUCUAUGGACCCUGUCCCUCCACACUUUUUUUAAGGAUGUGUGGGAAACGAUUGGCUCUCAUGUUGAGAAAAUUAUAAAUAGUAGCCUGUCUUCUGGAGUUGUGCCUGCAUUUUGUUAAAAAGCAGUGAUUCAGCCACUGAUUAAGAAAGCUGGACUUGGGUCCACAAAUGUUGCAAAUUAUCGUCUUAUUUCAAAGCUUACUUUUUUAUCGAAAUUUUGGAAAAAAAAAAUAUUUUUGCAGCUACAGCCUUUUCUGGAGGUACAUGGCAUCCUAGAUACUUUUCAGUCAGGUUUUAAAGUAUAUCAUAGCAGUGAGUAUAUCAUAGCACUUUUUUAGUGUUCCUGUCGCUCAAUUGGUAGAGCACUGGGUUUUGGGGGUUUGAUUACCCCGGGAACACAUGAUAUGUAAAAAUUGAUAGCCUGAAUGAACUGUAAGUUGCUUUGGAUAAAAUUUAAUUUUAUUUAAUUUAAUUUAAUUUAAUUUAAUUUAAUUUAAUUUAAUUUAAUUUAAUUUAAUUUAAUUUAAUUUUAUUUUAUUUUAUUUUAUUUUAUUUAAUUAACUGUGCCUUUAAAUUAUGGGUCCCCCCAGGGAUCAAUUAUUGGUUCUAUUCUUUUUGCAUUGUACCUCCUUCCACUCGGGAUAAUAUUUUAAAUGCAUGGCAUCUCCUAUCAUUUGUAUGCUGAUGAUUGUCAAAUUUAUAUGCCAAUCAGAAAUCAUGAAGGCAGCCCCGACACCCCUUCUUGAUUGUUUAAAUGACGUCAAAGCGUAGUUGGCCCAAAUUUUUUUUACAACUAAAUGUGAGUAAAACAGAGAUUAUACAGUUUGGCCCCACUAACCCCAUGAUAGAUUUGGGCUCCCUCAAUGAUUUUGUGCUUCCUGUUGUAACUAACCUUGGGGUAAAAAUAGACCGUGAUUUUAAACUAAACAAACAAAUAAAUGCAGUAGUGAAAUCUAGUUUUUAUCAUCUUUGCCUUUUAGACAAAGUUAAACCGUUUUUGUCUUUUAACCGUUUUGAACAAGUUACACAUGCCUUUAUUUCUUCUCGUUUAGAUAACUGUAAUGCAAUUUAUAUUGGUAUAAAUCAAAACACACUUUUACGCUUACAGUUAGUCCAAAAUUCUGCAGCACGUGUUUUAACAGGAACCAAAAAGCACGCUCAUAUAACUCCAAAUCUUUCCUCAUUGCACUGGCUUCCUGUUCGUUUUAGAAUUGAUUUUAAGAUUUUAUUGUUUGUUUUUGAAGCUGUGAAUGGACUUGCCCCAACAUAUAUAUCGGACCUCAUCCAAAUUUAUACGCGAGCGCGGACACUGAGGUCAGAGGGCCAGCUACAGCUUGCAGUCCCUAAGUCAAGACUUAAAACUCAGGGUGACAGGGCAUUUUCUGUGUUUGGAACUAAACUAUGGAACGCUCUGCCCCUCCAUGUCCGAACUGCCCCUACAGUUGAGUGUUUUAAGGCUCGUCUAAAGACUCAUUUUUAUUCUUAGGCUUUUAACUGCGCAUGAGUUGUGUGGUCCUUUGGAGUUUUUUUUAUAUUUUGUAUUCUACAUAUUUUUAUUGCUUUGUAUGUUCUGAGUCUUUUGUGCAGCACUUUGGAAACUUCGUGUUUGUAAAAUGUGCUAUAGAAAUAAAGUGGAUUGGAUUGAAUGCAGAUAACAAAUUCUGAGUCUGGGUCACCAUACUUGGCUGUAUGUCAAGUCAUUUUCACUUUCACUAUUAAAAAGCUGCAAAACUUUCUCCUAAAGAUGCAUGACUACCACAAACUUUCUGGAGAAAGUGAUGACAGUGGUUACUCAAAUAGGAGCAUUGAAAAGCCUCCUUCAUUCAAUGCACAGUUUUUGUAUCCAAUCACAUUUUAUUCUGAUUGUAAACAUAUCAUGAAUUAUUUUGUCACAGAAGCAAAGAAACUUUCUGGAGAAAGUGAUGACAGCGGUUACUCAAAUAGGAGCAUUGAACAGCCUCCUUCAUUCAGUGAAGUGUUACAAAAACAUGGAUACACCUUUAAAGAAGAACUUGGACGAGGGGCAACAGGAAUUGUGUUUCUGGUGGAUGAGGGAGAGGGAAAUCAUGUUGUGGUCAAACAGAUGAAUUCAAGAGAUAGGAAUGAGCUGGAUACAGUUACAAAAGAAAUGAAGAUCUUGAAAGAAAUGAUUCAUGGAUAUAUCGUUUCUUAUGUGGAUUCAUUUGAAGAUGAACAAUCUGGACUCUAUUGUAUUGUGAUGGAGUAUUGUGCAGGAGGAGAUCUUAAAAAGAAAAUGGAAACACAGAAAGAGAAAGGGUUUUUUGAAGAACAACAGAUUCUAGACUGGUUUGUUCAGAUUUGUCUUGCCCUGCAGUAUAUUCAUAAAAACAAUGUGCUUCACAGAGACAUAAGACCAGAGAAUGUUUUUCUGACUGAAGAUGGCUUCAUCAAUCUAGGAGAUUUUGGAUGCUCAAAAAUGCUGGAAAGGGAUGAAGUAUAUGCAGAAUCAGCUGUGGUUUUACGGAACUAUUCUAGUCCAGAAGUUUAUCAGAAGAAACAAUAUAAUUCCAAAAGUGACAUUUGGUCAUUGGGAUGGUUACUCCAUGAUCUCUGCAUGCUGGAUGUGUGGUCAAACAACAUAAAACGUUUGUGUGCAUUUACUAACAGCAUGGAAGGAACCCUGCCUCACAUCUCAGAGAGAUACUCAUGGGAACUUCAGGAAUUAAUCAGACAAAUGCUCAGUUGUGACCCUAAAGACAGACCAUCAGCUGAGGAGAUUCUAGAAAAACCAUUCCUGGAAGAUGCAGUAAAGAGAAACAAGAGAAUUCCAGAAGCACUAGAACAAAGAUUUACUGAGUCCACCAGUGCCUUUGAUGAGGCCUACAACAAGCAUUAUAAAGAAUUUGAGAUCUUAGUUAGUAAGUGGGGAAAAACCGCAGAUGUACUAGAGGAAGCACAUUAUAAUGCCACAGCAGCAAGUCUGUCAGGGGCUGUGAUUGGAGCAGCUGGAGGGAUAGCUGUAUUAGCUGGUGCAAUAUUAGCACCUUUCACUCUCGGAGCAUCUCUGAUUGUUUCAGCUGUAGGUGCUGGAGUCGGUGCUGCAGGUGGUGUAAUCGGUGCUGGCGCCAAUAUUGCAGAUGCAGUAGAACAAAAAAAAUACCAUGAGAAACUUAAACAAUUGAAACCUUCCAUUGAAAAAGGAAGAGAACUGAUUCGCUGUUCACUUGAAUUGAGAAGGUUAAUAGAAACAAAUUUUAAGUUCCGUGAUUUUGCCAGUACCUCAACUUCUGAUAAUGUGAGAUUGUCAUGGGAGAUAGGAAAAGGUACAAUAGUUUUUGUCACAGGACUAUCGAGUCUUGGUGUGUUGGGAAAUUUUAUCAGAAUUGCUCUUCAGUCUGCCAAAAUGGGGCGAGCAGCAGCAGCAGCAGCAGCAGCAGGUGUGUUCGGUGGACUCUUAGUUAUUGCUGAUGCUGUCUUCAUAGCAAAAGAUUCCCAAGAGAUUCACCAGAUGAGAAAUCAGUGGAAAACAGAUGAUCCAGAAAAGGUCUCAUCCAGUGUACUCAAGGCUACUGCAGAGAUAAGGAAAACACACAAAGAUCUCUUCAAUGUUUUAGAGGAAAUAAAAAAAACACGUGCAACUUCGGAAGAAAUGAGAAAGAGGGAGAGAAAAGUGUUCAGGGGUGACCGAGACCAGAUAUAAAUAUACCAUCAGUCAGACUUGCAAAAUACCCUGCAGAUUUGUCUUUGAGUUUAGUUGACAGGUGAUAAAGAAUAAGGUUUUUUCAGAAAACUAUUUCAAUGUGUAAAACGUACUGAGACAAACAAUUGGUGUGUAUGAGGCCUGUAUAUUAUGUAUGUGUGUAUGAUCUCUUCUGUAUUAUAUACUGCUAUUUUUUUUUAUUUUUUUUUACUAAUAACAUAGUGCUGUUGAUAAUAGCUUCAGGGUUUUGUUCUCGAUUAAUUACUAUUAUAAGAUUAAUUUCUUUGAAUUUUUUUUUUUUGUGUGUGUAUGUUUUUUGGGGUGAAUAUUUGAUCUGACUUAAACCAGAAUCUGAAAAAUUCCAAAGAAUAUUUUCUCAUAAAAAUAUUUUUUGAAGAAUCUAAGGAUUAUUCGUAACCAACUGUGUGUUUCUCCAAGACAGCAACCAUACAUUUGUGUUGUGUUUUACUUUUUUAUUUUCAUUUAUACUUCAUGUAUUAUCAUUUAAACAUGUUAUUAUUCCAUUUACUUAUGACCUAUAAUAAUCUUUGGAAACCUUUUAUGUAUAUAAUAAUUUAAUUCCUUAUAUAAUUUACAAACUUAUAUGAUGCUAUUAUUUUUCUAUUUUUUUUCCCUUGUUGUUUAGUCUUAUGAUUGUGUGGUUUUUAAGGGAUAUUUACCUUCGUAAGAGAUCAGACAAUGUCUCCAUUUCAAGGUUUUUAAUGUCACAGGAUAAUGUUGUGAAGCAGUCAUUUUCCAUUGCUAUGGCUUGUGGUAUAAUAAUUUGGUGAUUUUGUGUUCAUCAGAUGAAGUCUAAGCAUUGAAAUGUUUGAAAUUAUUCAAUAAACUCUUCUCCUUUUUU